CUUCCUUCGCCCCUCAUCUUCAGCAUGGCUACCUCACUCGAGGCUUCAAAUGGACCUUCUUCCUCUUCCUCCUCUUCACAGGUCCCCACUAAACUGCCCUCCCCUCGAUCCACGUGGCUUAAUAGAGCUGUAUUUCUGGGAACAGGUACUUCAGGCCAAGUUCCCGCCAUUCACUGUCUUUCCGCGGAUGUCAUAGACUGCGAAGCUUGCGCCGAUGCUAUCAAGCCUGACAGCAGGAAUAGAAGGGGUUGUUGCAGUGUAGCCCUUGUUGGAGGCGGCCGCAAGUCGUCAAGGCCAGACAGCGCCUACGAAGAUGAGCAGCUGAUUGUGAUCGACGCUGGUCCCACCUUCUACGGUGCCUGUGUGGACUACUUCCGGCCGAACAAGGUACCCCGAACGAUCGCCGGAGUUCUUCUGACCCAUGGCCACGCAGAUGCAAUUCUAGGUCUGGACAACCUGAGAGCAUGGACAAUGGGAGGUGUACUGCAGAACCAUGUAGACGUCUAUGUGACAAAGGAGACCCUGGACGUGGCGGUCAGCACAUUUCCAUACCUGGCCGAUGUCAGUAAAGCUACCGGGGGAGGAGGUGUAGGGGCACUACGUUGGAACAUCAUCGAUCCCAACAAGCCCUUCUUCAUUGGCAAAGGUUCUGAACGCAUACAGAUCACUCCGUUGCCGGUGUAUCAUGGCUUUGCCAGUCGCGGAGGCCCUCCCUUCAACACACUAGGCUUCAGAAUAGACUCGAUGAGCUACGUGUCAGACUGUCAUCAUAUUCCACCUUCUACAGCCAAGCUCAUGGCCGGAUCGGACUGCGUAGUGAUAGACUCACUGAUGCCUCGGAGACACCCAAGCCAUUUCUCUACCUCUCAGGCUGUCAGCCUGCUUCUGAGCCUGCCCCAGGACGAGUCCCGUACAAGCGGCGGCAAGAACGAGCCUUCCUUUGCUUCAGCAGGACCAUCCUUGGGCAUUUUGACCGACAUCACGCAUCGCAUCGAGCAUCAUGCACUUCAACAAGACUUGGAUAAAUUCUGCUCAUCACUCAAGAGCUGGAUCUCUUCUACUUCACCCUCUUCGCUUGCUACGACGGAGCAAAAGGAUACGACCAAUGGCAAGAGCCGAGAAAGGAGAGGGGAAGGUAGUGGUGCCCGCUGGUGGUCGGAAGUCUGGGAUGAGGAUAAGGGAGAGAUGACAGGGCGCAUCCAGGUUGAGCCCAGUCUAGCGUCCAAGCUCAAGAACAACCAGAGUGACGGUACUUCGAACAGGAUCGGAGGCAGCGCUAGCGGUGAUGAGAGGCAUGUACCUGCCCUGAGGGUGGCCUGGGAUGGGAUGGUGAUUAAAUUUCUUAGACAGCCGGCAUCGCCUCAGCAGAAGAGUGCAGAUCAGUCUGCACUAUAGAUGAUGCCAGUCCAGCGGAACCCUCGGCAGGCAUAGACAUGUUGUAUAUCUCUCACAUUCAGCAGGAACGUUCCAACAUCUAAUCUACAUUGCCAUGAUCUCACCAGCUCAUCA